AAACAUACGUGCGUUUGCAAUCAAAGCUCAGCUGAAGUCAAACUAAAUUUAUGACAAUACAGUCUUCAGAGUGCAGCGGUUUAUCGCUACUAACCAGGGAUAAUAAGAUUAGAUAAUAAUAUUAUUUAUUCGCACACUUUUAAUUUCAUUUUCGCCAAUGUGCUUCCUACGUUUGACAGCAGUUAUUUACCAUCCGCCGUGCACUGUGAGUAUUUUUUGUGUUUUUUGAAAGUGGAUUGAGAUUGUGGACUAUAUCGGUACGUCGGAUGAUGAUUCGGCGGAUUUUCUCCACCUUGACAAGUUUUGCCUUUUGUUUUAUGGAAAUUCAUCGUUCGGUUCACACAAAUAUAUUACUUACGAUACCGCUGUCAUCGUGUGUAUGUUGAACGUUUUCUUGCAUCAGGAAUAUCAGGAAUGGUAAAAUAAGUCAGCCAAACCUAGUCCCGAACGGAUUGUCCGGUGAUCGGCUCACAAAAUCAACACAAUUAAAUCCAUCCGUAAUUACUCGCGCAAAAGCUCUGUGCAGUAAAAGUUGUACUUAUCUGUACGAUGGAUUCGCAGUCGCCACAUAACUCAUAUUCCGACGAUCAGAGCUUACUACAACCAACAGAAUCUAAUCGGAAACGUCUCCGCAUACCAUCCCGCUAUGGCCUGGUCAUACUGGGAUUCUUGGGAUUUUUCAAUCUCUAUGCGUUGCGCGUCAACCUCAGCGUGGCCAUCGUCGCGAUGGUCAACAGCAGCGCAUCCGUGCCAGAUAACGCUACGCACGUCGACGUCUGUCCGGUGUCGAACACCAGUAGUCAAACUUCCAGCGAUGGGGAAUUCGGCUGGAGUACAAAUGUGCAAGGCAUCAUCCUGGGCUCGUUUUUCUACGGGUACAUCUGCUCGCAGAUCCUGGGCGGUUGGGUGGCGCAACGGUUCGGCGCCAAGCAUCCUUUUGGCUAUGCCGGUUUAAUUUCCGGCAUUUUGGCGCUGUUCAUCCCAUUAGCAGCGCGUUGGCACUACGGAGCGCUGAUCGCUCUGCGAGUGGCGCAAGGCCUUUUUCAGGGUGUUUGCUUCCCAUCCAUGCACGCAAUGAUGGGAUUAUGGGCUCCGCCUCUCGAGCGAUCUCGCAUGGUCUCAAUCACCUACAGCGGCGUCCAGAUUGGCACUGUCGGCUCGCUAAUUAUCUCGGGCGUAUUAACCAAACACCUCGGAUGGCAGAGUGUAUUCUACUUCUUCGGCGGCACGGCCAUUCUGUGGUACGUCUUCUGGCUGUUUCUGGCCUUCGACUCUCCCAACAACCAUCCCCGCAUUUCCGACGAGGAAAAGCACUACAUCCUGCACGCUAUCAAACCGAAGAAGGAUCCCUUCGAGGUGACCUUUCCCUGGAAACGGGUCAUCCGCUCACUGCCCUGUUGGGCGAUAAUUGUGGCAAAUUUCGGGCACAACUGGGGCUUCUACACCCUGCUGACCAAUAUUCCCACGUAUCUGAACAAAGUCCUGCAUUUCGGGAUAGAGAAUAAUGGAUUCCUGUCGGCACUGCCGUACUUUGUGAUGGCGCUGUUUAUGCAGGCGGGUGGGUUGCUGGCGGAUCUAUUGCGUAAACAUCGGCUGAUGAAUACGACUUGGGUGCGGCGGACUUUUCAUUUUGUGGGACAGUUACUGCCGUCGGUAUUCCUGAUUCUGCUGGGCUAUGUGGGAUGCAACCACACGGCGGCCAUUGCACUGCUUACGUUGGCGGUUGGCACGGAUGGAUUGACCAGUUCCGGCUACCAGGUACGACCGUGUACUAAACUUUAUUUAAUUAAUACAGCCAUGACCAACGCCAGCACCACGACAGAGUCGCUUUUGCUCAACGCAUCCAAAGUUAAUAACAUUUGUCCACGAGAGGCCGGCAAUAUAACUGGGCCAUCGCAGCAUGCCGGCAAGGGCCUCAUCCUUAGCUCCUUUUUCUGGGGUUUCAUCCUGACACAGAUCCCCGGUGGUUGGUUUUCCCGAAAAUUUGGUGCGAAGUAUCCGUUUGGCUUGGCAGUGCUACUGUCCGGCUUGUUCGGCUUACUUAUGCCGGUGGCCGCCACUUGGCAUUAUUCGGCGCUCCUCACCCUGCGUAUCCUGCAAGGUGUUGUGCAAGUAAUGAUAGCCUUUACCGGCAUUCAAAUGGGCACCGUGGUGGCAUCCAUCCUUUCUGGCGUUCUCAUCCGGAAUCUUGGCUGGGAAAGUGGAUUUUACUUUUUCGGUGGUGUGACCUUUGUCUGGUUCGCCGCCAUGGCCGUCGUCAUGCAGCUGGCCGGCUGGCUGGGGGAUGUGCUGCGACAGCGAAAGGUCAUCAGUGUUACGUGCAUCCGCCGGGGUUUUCAUCUGGUGGGGCAACUUUUGCCAGCGGGACUGUUUAUUGUGUUGGGAUUCGUCGGAUGUGAUCGAAAUAUGGCGGUGACCUUGCUGAUUGCCGCUAUGGCCGCGAACGGAAUCUCCAGUGUCGGGUUCGCGGUUAACCAUGUUGAUCUCUCACCAAAAUACACCGGAAUUUUAAUGGGAUGGUCGCAGAUUUGGGGAACGCUUCCGGGCAUCGUUUCCCCUUACCUAGUUGGUCUCAUCACUAGUCCAAAAAAUACAGUGGCACAGUGGCGCAUUGUUUUUACUUUAACUGCAACGAUUUAUGUGGUAACGAGUGUGUUUUACGCUUUAACCGCGUCCGGUGAACGCCAGGUAUGGAAGCGGCCUCAAAGUUUGCCGGAAGGCCGGAAUAUGUUAAGAAGAAAUCAGAAAGCAUGAAAUUGUACGUUUCAUUCGUUUCGCCGAGACACA